GCAGCGCCGGAAGUGGAGGAGUAACGUGAGCUUCUCGGCCUCAGCCGUCUGGAGGUAAGGCGGUUGUCGGCCUACCUCGUCUGCCUGCCGUGUCGAGAGCCGUGAGUGUGGGCCUCAGUCGAGUCCGCUGCUACCCCAGAGUAAUGUUCCCUGAAUAACACUCUCACGGCUCUUUCCCGGCAGCCUAGCAGGCGUUGCUCCACCCUCGGGCUCUAAGGCCCUGGGCUUCCCAUUUCCCUCCUGCGGUGUUUCGGCGGCUGGCGGCGCUUUUGUUGGUCUUCACUGCACUUCGCGUUGGUUCGCCUGUGCGCCUGACACCUGAACCUAGCUUAUUCGGAACACAAGCAGAAGAAAGAUUAGAGAGUGGGUACUGUCUGACCCAAGGAGGCUUCGCAGCCUGUCAGCAGGGACUUUGUUUUCUCCAGAAACGCUCCUUGAGAGGAACUUGAGGGCCCUUCACAGCAUCCACAGCUGGCCUUGUAGGAAGACCAGAAGAAUCAAGCCUUUUCUCGUGCAGACCAGUGUUAGCGGUUCAACAAAGCAAGGCUAUAAUUUCCAUGUGGAAUUAAUGUGGUCCAGAGUAAUGACGCGGGUGUGCUGGCUGGUGAGACAGGACAACCGGCACCAGCGAAUCAAACUCCCACAUUUGGAAGCUGUCAUGGUUGGGCGCAGCCCAGAGACCAAGAUCACCGACAAGAAGUGUUCUCGACAGCAAGUACAGUUGAAAGCAGAGUGUAACAAAGGCUAUGUCAAGGUAAAGCAGGUAGGGGUCAAUCCCACCAGUAUUGACUCAGCCAUAAUUGGGAAGGACCAGGAGGUGAAGCUGCAGCCUGGCCAGGUCCUCUACCUGGUGAAUGAACUUUAUCCGUAUAUUAUAGAGUUUGAGGAAGAGACAAAGAGCCCUGGCCUGGAGACUCACAGGAAGAGAAGGAGGUCAGGCAGUAGCGAUCCUGCAGAAAGGCGUGCUGCCCCGGAAGCUGAGCCCCGCCCAGGACUGGAACCUGGGAGCAGCCCUCGCCAGUGCUGUAUGCCUCCAAAGAAGGAGAAGGAUGCCUCCACCAGAAAGGAAUCCUUGGGCCACUGGAGUCAAGGCUUGAAGAUUUCUAUGGAGGACCCUAAAAUGCAGGUUUACAAAGAUGAACAGGUGGUGGUGAUAAAGGAUAAAUACCCCAAGGCUCGCUACCACUGGCUGGUCUUACCUUGGGCCUCCAUUCCCAGUCUGAAGGCUGUGACCAGAGAACAUCUUGAGCUCCUCAGACACAUGCACACUGUCGGGGAAAAAGUGAUUGCUGACUUCGCUGGGUCCAGCAAACUCCGCUUCCGUUUGGGCUACCACGCCAUUCCCAGCAUGAGCCAUGUACAUCUCCAUGUGAUCAGCCAGGAUUUUGAUUCUCCUUGCCUUAAAAACAAAAAACACUGGAAUUCUUUCAAUACUGAAUACUUCCUUGAAUCACAAGAGUAGCUGGACUCUGAACAUUUUUCCCUUGCAGCUGUGGUUGAGAUGGUGCAAGAGGCUGGCAGAGUGACCGUCCGAGAUGGGAUGCCCGAACUCCUGAAGCUGCCCCUCCGUUGUCACGAGUGCCGGCAGCUGCUGCCUUCCAUCCCUCAGCUGAAGGAGCACCUCAGGAAGCACUGGUCCAAGUGAUUCUGCGGAGCCUGACCUUCUGUAGCACGUGUGCCUGAUUGUUGAGAGCAGAUUCCUGGCACCUGUCCUGGAUUGCAUGUGAACUUUCAUUUCUUGAAUUAAAACAUGCAUUUUUUCUUUUUUU